ACAGCGCGGAUUGAUCUCACAGAUCUAAAUUAAGCAAAUGACCGCUCAGGUUCAGAACUGAAAUAAAUUUCGGGAAAAGCGGUCUACUUGGACUUUGUUUGCAGACACUAAUUAGACGCUGGGAAAGCUGCACUCCAAACAAAGACUACUGAGAGAGCUGCCUGUAGAGACACAGCAACUUACCAACAUCUGGUCUGCUGGAGAACGGGGCGAGUCGAGGAGAGACAAACUUCAGAGGCGGAGAGAAAAAUAUCUCCGGUGGAGAAAAAUGCAUUAAACCAGGAGUUUGGGACGUUUACAUGAGACGAGGACAGAUUUCGUGGACGUGGAAAGUGACAAGAGUGGGGGGGAGAAAGGACGGGGUAGUUCGGGGAGGGAGAGAAGUCCACCUGGAGAAGUAAGAGAAUGAAAUAGACAAACAACGGCUGUACUGUGUCCCGGCCAGCAAGAAGGCUCACUCCUUGCCCCCUCUGCUUCCUCCCACAAGAGCCAGGCCCACGCCCAUGGACGAGGAGAGGAGUGUUCCUGCCAUCUCCCCAGAGCCACCUGACGAUGGGGACCCCGGUCCGCCAGCUCCGCAACCCAGUGCACAAACCUCCACCACAGAGACAGAAAACAUCAGCCCAAACCCAAACCCCUGCCCCACUACAGAUGUGGCCAAUACCUAUACUGAGCCCCUCAUACUGAGGUCAAAGGUCACUGCAGAAGUGUUGAUAUUCGACGGUGGUGACAAUGGCAAUAACAAUAACAGUCUCUCACACCCGGACCUUGCAACACCCAGCAAGAGUAUCACCUGUCAGCCAACAGCCAGAUCCACGCCUCUCCACCACACCCAGCCGUGCCGAACACAGCCUAGCAGCCAGCUACGCAACGGAGCCAAGCACCACACACACACCCACUCCCCUCAUACGCACUGUCUGCACCACACGCACACACCUCACACACAUGCACUCCACUCCAACGGGAUGAGGAACGGGGGCCCUCAUGAGCGGCCGAAGCUGGGCUCCCUCCCAAGAGGCGGCUCGUCCACCUCCUCAUCCUCCUCGGCGGGAACCAAACACACCAAGAAAUUGCAGUCCAACCCCUCGAUCACUUCCCAGAGCAGCAAGAGGAGCAAGAGCAGCUCCAAGAGCAACAGCUCCCAGAUCCCCACAGAGGCACAGGAUGACUGUUGUGUUCACUGUAUCCUGGCCUGCCUGUUCUGUGAGUUCCUGACUCUAUGUAAUAUUGUGCUGGACUGCGCCACCUGCGGCUCCUGUGCAGGUGACGACUCGUGUUUCUGCUGCUGCUGUGCAUCAGAGGAGUGCGGCGACUGUGACUUGCCCUGUGACAUGGACUGUGGCAUCAUCGACGCCUGCUGUGAGUCUGCAGACUGCCUGGAAAUCUGUAUGGAGUGCUGCGGCCUUUGCUUCUCUUCCUGAGACUUCUACUACUAUUUCCACCGCCACCACCAUCACCACCAUGGGGGCACUGCAGAUGUCUGCUACGUAUUGCAGCAAGCCCAGGAAUGAUUUGGACUUGUGUCCUAUCAACGCGCCAAAGUGCCUCGUCCAGUCUCUGUUGUCUUAGCUAAGCCUGGGCUCUAUUUUUUACACUAGAUUGGCCGGCCUGGUCGGUAAUUUCUCAGAAUUUUCAAAGAUUUUUACAGGGUUUUCCAAGCAACAGAACUGACCUAAUGCUGAGAGCAGUCACUGGUGAACGUUUCCGUUUUUCAAUCAGUCAAUAGACAGGGGCACUGGCAUUUCCUGCGCACACUUGUCAUUGCUGUUGGUUCUUUGGUAAGUGGCAGGGUGCAUGGUGCGUAGUGAGCUCCAGCUGUGGUCCUGGAGUGUCUGUCAGGCUGCGCGAACUGGGCCUCUGGACCCUCACUGAACAGGCUCUUAUUACAAUGGAGCCCCUUGUGCCUUCUGAAUGACUGGAGUUCCCCAAGCAUGAAAAAUGACCUCCAAAGGCAAAUGAGAAAAUGGCUCCAUUUAACCGGAUUUUAGUGUUUCUGGAGAUAAGAGCAGCGGCAUAAUGGGAAAAUGGACGCUCAGAUCUCAGUAGAAAUGUAGUCUGUCCCUCUGUCCUUGGCAAGGUUAAAGCCGUUCAGUUUGAUUGCAUAUGGCUGCUUUUGCAAGGCACACAGUCCAUGCGGAGGCUGUUUCCAUCGCAGUCCUUUGUCCCUGUUUCAGUGUACUAAAUAGAGGAAACACUAAUGGUGGCCAGUGGCAAUAUUACAGAUACAUUUCUUUUGUUUUAUGCACCUCAUUUUUAGGGCUUAUUUAGAGAAGAAUCAUAUGUGAGAGUUAUGCGUCAGCCUGGAGAUGGGUCCCAUCAAAUGAGUACUGUAAGUGUUGGACAUACAGUUCACCACAGAUCCAGUGGUUGGAUAGUGUCUGCCAUGGAAACAUUCUCUGCUCUUAACAUGUGAAAGGAGAGAGUUCUUUAUCAAAAACCUCUCCUCAUUUAGUGUUACACAUCUUGUUUGCUUUUACAUUUUUAUUGAGGGGCUUUGGCUGUAUUCAGUGAAUUCUUAUAUUGGGAACAUUCCUGGUUGGAAUGGUCAAAGCUGGUAGAGGACUGGAAGGCAUCAUCUCUUUUUGAAUACAUUUCAUUUAUUUUGUCAUUCUUGCUAUGUGAACAAAUGGCCUUGGCUUAGCUAAAGGCCUGUAUUUUCAAGUAGAUUCCUCGCCUUUACCAAAUCUCUAUUAAUCCUUGUUUUGUAGAUUUUAGUUAAGAUAUUUGCAUUUCUCCUCUAAUGUGAAAAUCACAUUUCUGUGUUAUCAGGUUUUGCCGGGCUCUCUGUAAAGCAGACAUUGCUCAACAUCUAAUUUAAUUCCCUGAGUGAAAAUCUUACGUUAUUAUGCUAAGUUAGAUCCAUAUGCUUGUAUGAAUGGUACGCUUCUGAUAACAGGGCUCACACUCUCAUAUGCUCAGACGCAUACCUUCUCCAACCCAAUACCUCUUGAGAUGUCACCUAGAUCUGUUGUGCAUUUUAAACUGACUUGAUACCAAUCUCUUUUCUCUGAUCCAAUACUGUUAGUGCAAUCCUUAUAUUUUCUCAGAAAUACCAAAGACUUUGCUGUUAUUGAACCUUAGUUUUGAGACCUAGAUCUUGUACAUAGACAGGGUUUUGCUAUGCUUAUGUGGCUAUGGUUAAUUAAACCCUAUUUCAAAGGCUGAAAUGUAACACUGUUGAUUAUGAACAUUUGCUAAGGCUAUAAUCAAACUGAUAACACCCAAGCAGAAAAUGCAAGCUUUUCAGCUAAUGCAGUCAAGGAGAACUUAUAUAUCUUCAUGUCUGUUGAUGUGAGACUGAACAUAGUUCAUGUUCAGAAUCCCUUUGAGAGCAAAUCCUGGAAAACUCUGGAACAAUGCAAUUUUGUGUACUAUGGAGAGAUAUAUGAAGGGAGAACUGGAUUAUAUGAGGCUCAAAUAGGGCAAAAGCAAUUGCAGAUAUAUCGCAAUAAUAUGAUUUGUUUGGGUCUUGAGACAGUCUGUACCAGACAGGACUUCAUCUGAGUGUUCAAAUAUUUCUAUUCCUUCAAUGUAUUCAUAAUUGAAAGAAAACAUUUUUGUUUUCAGUAUUUUCUAUAUUCAGUGUUUUCAGGGUUGUUUUUUAUGAUUACUUUCAUCACAGAAAUUUCAAAGCCAUUACCUUGUAUGAAUUCCUAAUCCUUUUUUUCAAAUCUUGGAUGUUAUAAGCUGGCCAGCUGUUCCAGUAGGCUGACUUUAAUCCCAGCACAGCUAACAUGUCAUAGACUGGACCCCAUGAUGAUGUCAUUUUGUUUACACUAUCCCCUUUUAAUGGCAAUUUGCAUUGCUGUCCUGGGUGUCGCAAUAAAAUCCAUUUGUGUCAUACAGAAUAAACAAUGUGAACUCCAGGCUUUCCUUUUUAACAACUUAUUUUCAUAAAGGCUGCAGGCUGUAGCCUUAUUAUGUAGCCUCAUUAUUAGGCUACGUAAGUAGUCCCACU